GAUUUUGCAUGCUGCAGCGGCGCCAAGUUCGGCGACUUUGCAAGGGCAGUAUUGCAUAACAACAGGCCUAAUACUGUCGACUUCGGGUUCCUUUGAUCAAAAGAAAACUGGUCCACAACUUGCACAUAAAAAAUGGCUAGUAACUACGUUGUCACCGCUCACAAACCCACCGCUGUCAAUGCGUGUGUCACCGGGAACUUCACUUCAGCCAGUGAUCUCAACUUGAUCAUCGCCAAGAACACGCGGAUGGAAAUAUUUGAAGUGACACCAGAAGGACUAAGACCAAUCAAGGAAGUGGGCAUUUAUGGCAAGAUCGCAGUUUUAGAGUUAUUUAGACCGCCAGGUGAAGAAAAAGACCUUCUGUUCCUACUGACUGCGCGCUAUAAUGCUAUGAUCCUUGAGUGUCACACUGAGGGAGACAAUAUAGAAAUCAUCACCAGGGCGCACGGAAAUGUCCAGGACAGAAUUGGCCGGCCGUCGGAGACUGGUAUCAUUGGCAUAAUAGACCCACAGUGUCGCUGCAUUGGGCUCAGGCUCUAUGAUGGCCUCUUUAAAGUGGUUCCUCUUGACAGGGAGAACAAAGAACUAAAGGCUUUUAAUAUUAGACUGGAGGAGCUCAAUGUCAUCGAUGUUCAGUUCCUGCAUGGAGCUCAUGUCCCAACCAUCAUUCUUGUCCACCAAGACCCCCAUGGAAGACAUGUCAAAACAUAUGAAAUUUCCUUGCGGGAUAAGGAGUUCCAGAAAGGUCCAUGGAAACAGGACAACGUGGAGACUGAAGCUUGUAUGGUCAUCUCAGUUCCUGAGCCACAUGGUGGAGCCCUGAUAGUUGGCCAGGAGUCCAUAACAUACCACAAAGGUGACAAUUACUUGGCGAUAGCGCCACCUGUUAUCAAGCAAAGUACCAUCAUCUGCUGUGGUAAGGUCGACACAAAUGGGUCCCGAUACCUCCUCGGAGAUAUGGCGGGCCGUCUCUUCAUGUUGCUCCUUCAGAAAGAGGAGAAGAUGGAUGGCACGGCGAUCGUCAAAGAUUUGAAAGUUGAGCUACUUGGCGAGACAACGAUAGCAGAAUGUAUCACAUACCUGGACAAUGGUGUUGUUUACGUUGGUUCAAGGCUUGGAGAUUCACAACUUGUAAAGUUAAAUGUUGAGCCUGACGACAAUGGUUCCUACGUCCAAAUCAUGGAGACAUUCACCAAUCUUGGCCCGAUCGUUGACAUGUGCGUUGUUGACCUUGAAAGGCAAGGUCAAGGUCAGCUGGUCACAUGUUCUGGGGUGGACAAAGAGGGCUCGUUGCGGAUUAUCAGGAAUGGCAUUGGGAUCCAGGAACAUGCGAGUAUUGAUCUGCCGGGAAUCAAAGGUAUCUGGCCCUUGAAGGUAGACUGUGGAGAGUUUGACAGUUUGAUAGUGCUAGCGUUUGUCGGUCAGACUCGUGUGCUUCAGCUGAACGGGGAGGAGGUGGAAGAGACGGAGUUGGGGGGUUUCGACGAUGAACAACAGACAUUCUACUGUGGUAAUGUCAGCCAUGGACAAAUUGUUCAGAUAACAGCUUUAUCAAUCCGAUUGAUCAGUGCUAGUAAUAAAACAAUGGUUGCGGAAUGGAAACCGCCAUCGGGCAAGAAUAUCAGUGUGGCCACGUGCAACCAACACCAGAUUAUAUGUGCUAUUGGGAGUGAAGUUCAUUAUCUAGAAAUAGAGAAAGAGAAACUGCCACAUAUUAGUUCGGCUACCAUGGAACAUGAAGUUGCCUGUAUAGAUGUGAACCCGUUGAAAGAGGGAGCUGAUCGUGCUGAGUGGUGUGCCGUUGGUCUCUGGACUGAUAUUUCCGCCAGAAUACUAAAACUGCCUAACUUUGAGAGUCUUCACGUGGAAAGUCUUGGUGGAGAAAUCAUCCCUCGGUCGAUUCUGAUGACAACGUUCGAAGGCGUCCAUUAUUUGCUGUGUGCUCUUGGGGAUGGUGCUUUAAUUUAUUUCAAUCUUAAUGCAGAAACAGGUUUUCUAUCGGAGAGGAAGAAAGUGACGCUGGGGACACAACCGACCGUUCUGAAGACAUUCAAGUCGUUAUCGACCAUGAACGUCUUCGCCUGCUCUGAUCGCCCCACGGUGAUUUAUUCCAGUAAUCACAAGCUAGUCUUUUCAAACGUUAACCUGAAGGAGGUCAGUUAUAUGUGUCCCUUGAAUUCAUCGGGAUACCCAGACAGCCUUGCCUUAGCCAAUGCCAGUGCCCUUACAAUAGGGACGAUUGAUGACAUUCAGAAACUGCAUAUUAGGACAGUGCCACUUGGUGAAUCACCCAGGAGAAUAUCUUACCAAGAGGCCUCGCAGACAUUCGGUGCGCUCUGUCAACGGUAUGACCUCCAAGACAGCAAUGGUGCAGCGCCCUACCCUGCCCGACCCAGCGCCAGCACACAAGCCCUGAAUUCCUCGAGCAGCUCAAAUACCAAAGUUAUGUCAACAGCUAGCAGCUCAUUGACAGACUUCUCUUAUGGUAAUGAGGUGCAGGUUCAUUCGUUGAUUGUGCUUGAUCAACACACUUUUGAAGUUCACCAUGCCCACCAGUUCAUGAACAAUGAGUUUGCCACUAGUAUCAUCUCAGCUAAAUUUGGAGAUGAUCCAAACACAUACUUCGUCGUUGGAACAGCCAUGGUGUAUCCCGAGGAAGCUGAGCCCAAGCAAGGACGCAUUGUGAUAUUCCACUACAAUGAAGGAAAACUAUCGCAGGUAGCAGAGAAGGAAAUCAAAGGGGCAGCGUACAGUUUGGUGGAGUUUAAUGGAAAGUUACUGGCCAGCAUCAACAGUACGGUGCGACUAUUCGAGUGGACGGCAGAGAAGGAAUUGCGAGUUGAGUGCAGCUACUUCAACAAUAUCAUAGCUCUCUACCUGAAGACGAAGGGUGACUUCAUCUUUGUUGGUGACCUCAUGCGAUCAGUUACGCUACUUCUCUAUAAACCGAUGGAGGGAACAUUUGAAGAGAUUGCACGCGACUUCAAUCCCAACUGGGUGUCGGCAGUGGAAAUCCUAGAUGAUGACACAUUCUUGGCAGCAGAGAACUCCUUUAAUCUCUUCACCUGCCAGAAGGAUAGUGCUGCCACAACUGACGAAGACCGCCAACACUUACAAGAAGUUGGCUUGUACCAUCUCGGGGAGUUUGUGAACGUGUUCAGACAUGGGUCAUUGGUUAUGCAACAUCCUGGAGAGAGUAGCACCCCCACUCAGGGGUCAGUGCUCUUCGGAACAGUCAAUGGAGCAAUAUGCCUGCUGACACAACUUCCACAAGACUUCUACACGUUCAUGGUCGAAGUGCAGAAUAAACUGACCAAGGUUAUCCGCAGCGUUGGCAAGAUUGAUCAUUCAUUCUGGCGGUCUUUCCACACGGACAGGAAGACGGAGCCGUCGACUGGCUUUAUUGAUGGCGAUCUCAUUGAGAGUUACUUAGAUCUUGAUCGGGAAAAGAUGGUGGAGGUUGUUCAUGGGUUGCAGAUUGAUGAUGGAAGUGGGAUGAAGAGAGAAGCGACGGUGGAAGAUCUCGUGAAAAUGAUCGAGGAACUUACGAGGAUUCACUGAACAUUCUGUGGUGUAACGUGACUUGCCUUUCUCAGACUUGAGUUUAUAAAAGAUGAACUGACUGUAGUCAUUUUGAAAAUUUGCACGAGAACACCCAAGGAUUCACUAGACAUUUCUCUCUGUAAAAUUUCUUGACUCUCCUCGAAGUGGGAUUUGUAGUUUUUCUUGGACACUUGAGAGGUCUGAAGAACCAAUUUGAAUCACUCGGCCCUCCCAACUAACCAAGUUACCUUCCUCAGGCUCCCCUAGAGAAUGAGUUGGAUGGCCUGCAUUUAUGUGCAUGAUUCUGGGCAGGUUGGGAGUUGGUGUCAACGUGACAGCAGAUGCAUGAUGACACUGUGAAAUCUCACAGCUCCAGGGCUGCUGAUUUUAGAAUGAAGUUGUGGGGCCUGAAAAUGUGUUCGAUGUCUGUAAGAAUAUCAAUUGAAAUUACAGAUCAUGUAAAUAUUAGAUGUGAAAGAUAUAACUAAAGUUAGUUUAGUGUUAAAUAUGGCAUCUGUGUUUUGGAACGUGAACUUGAAAGUGUCUCAGAAGACCUUUAAGCCAAAAAGUAAAAGGUAUUCAUUCAUCUCAUUGGCUGUUCUGAAGGCAACUUCCCUCACCUUUGUUGAUCCUUGAAUUUCCUAUUCUUGAUCAUGAGCAGCAUUUAGUAGUAAUGUCUGAGCAGCAUGGGGCGACGGCUCAACAAUGGCAUUUGACAAAGGUAUAUGUUGUCUUCCUUUCAAGCAAAUGCCGAGACUGGGCCUGCUGAGGUAAGGAGACACAUGGAGCAGAAAUUUUGGUCGCAUUCCAUUUGCAUUUGCUACAAUUCGUCGAUGAAUUCACGAAGUGACCAAUCUGCGUCCAAUCAGAGUCAUUCAAACAAAACUGAAACCUUUGAGUGGAGUUUUCUCAAAAUGAAAAUUUGCUGAUGGGCCACUUCGUGAAAUCAUUGACGAAUUAAAAGUCUCUUAAGCUCAGAUUGAGUGGUAUUGGUUUGUUAUGAUUAAUGGCAUUUGACAUUGAUGUGCUUGCAAUUCUUGUGUAAUGUACCAUGAGAUGAAAUACCUAGUAAAGUUGCUUGAAAUAUCAUGUCUCCUGAAUCAUAAUAUUUCUGUUUAUUUUGAUAUACACUGUUGUAUAGUAUUCAUCACCAAUAAAGAUAAAAUGCUUCCUAAA